GAAUAGUUAGAAUGGUGUUGGGGGAAAAUCAUAGGAUUACCUGGAACCAAUACAGAGAAAGAGAGAGAGAGCCUUGAAGAAUUAAAAUCAGAUAAGAUACAGUUUAGAGGUUAUGUUGGUGAGCUAAAUGUUUUGACGUUUCGUUGUCAACGUGAUUCAGAUAUGGGUUUAUUUGGGAAAUCGCAAGAGAAGAACCCCAAGGAAAUGGUUCAGGAGUGGACUCAUAAAUUGAGAAAAGAAGGUUAUCAGUUAGAUAGGCAAGUUAGAGCGAUUCAGAGGGAGGAAGAGAAAGUAAAACGUUCUUUGAAAGAGGCAGCAAAGAAGGGUGACAGAGAUGUAUGCAAAGUACUGGCAAAAGAGAUUAUCAGAGCUCGUAAGGCUUACAAUAAGAUCUACACAUCCAGGGCACAUUUGAAUUCAGUAUCACUACAAAUGAAAAACCAGCUGGCUACAAUUAGAGUUGCUGGUUCAGUCUCAAAAUCUACAGAAGUAAUGCAGGCUAUGCAGUCGCUAGUGCGAGUGCCAGAGGUAGCUGCAACUAUGAGGGAAAUGUCAAAAGAGAUGAUGAAGGCAGGAAUCAUUGAGGAGAUGCUGGAUGAAACAAUGGAUUCUAUUGAAGAUUCUGAGGACAUGGAAGAUGAAGCGGACGAAGAAGUUGACAAGAUCUUAUGGGAGGUGACAGCUGGUCAACUGGGUACAGCACCAGCAGUUGUCACAGAAAAUCCAGGAUCAAUUGCUACCUCUAGUACUGCAGAAGAAGAGACAGAGGAUGAUGAUAAGGAAUUGGAAGAGAUGAAGAACAGACUGCAAAGUCUACGCAGUUAGAUGAAUAUAGUGAUCAAAGGUCAAUCGCACCAAAUUUAUCAGGGAUAAAAGUAUCUUCUCGUGAUAAUUUUCUUGAAUAAAGAGUAACAAAAACUAGAAAUAUAAAUAUAUAUAUGCUGAUGUAUUACUAACUUAAUUUUCUUGCGCACUAAUUUAUAUUUGAAAUUUGAAUUGUUAUAUAGUCUACUUAUUAACUGCAAUAGUUUU